AUGUUCUCGGAGUAUGCAUCUCGAUUUCUCGCUCAGUCACAGUCGCGACUAGUUUCCCGACCAGACGAGCUCCAAAGAACAGGAAGGGCUCCUCCGAGCCAGCGGCAAGGUAGCACACGACACCCAUCCUCGCGCUCGUAUCUAAGGAGCGGUGACCCAUAUCGAUCGGGCGCUUCACAAGUCUCCAAUUUCCCAUUUGCUUCUCGAGCUUCCGCCCAACCGGCGCCUCUGUUCUUCAGCGCGACAGAUGAAUUUCGAGAAGAGGACGACGAGACCGAACGGGAGCGUGAAAUCGCGGAUUUCUAUGCGUUGCAACGAUCAAGGCGACAUUUCGGUGACAGCCUCUUGAGGGAGUCGUCAGAGAAUGACGAGGAUUCGGCUCAGUCUGCAGAACUCGAAGAGGGUCACUCUCGAUAUGACGAGCGGCCCGGCAAUGGGAAAGGGAUAAAAAGUUCCUGGCGCGGAGAGAAGAGUAUACCUGCUCCUAAGCAUUCUCGAAUAGGAACUGUGGACGAGGCCGAUGAGGGUGAUGUACCUGAGGAAUACACAUCCCGGGCUGGAAGCAGGGGUAGUAGACCUCGAGGUCACUUGGUAGAUGUCGGGCUGGAUGAUUCGGUUCAAAGUGGCCUUGCUGAUACUGACCGGGCGCCAUCUGAGAUGGGCGGGAAUGAGCCGCCCAUUCAACGGUUUCGCGAACGAAGAUCUACUGCUAAUGAUGAUUCUUCGUACGGCUUCGAUGAUCCGGGGAGUCCUACUCAACCAUUUUUGACAUCGCAAGCGCAAGAUCCUCGACGGGCGAGUUCCCAAAGCUCGGUGCCAGCUUCGUUACCCCCGCUUAUGUCUGAGACGAUCGUGCAUGAUGCAUUCUGGGGUCAACUAUUCCUGAUUGCACUGGCCGGCCUGUUGGCGACUGCAUUCUUGGUAUGGCUGCAUACGUCUACUCCGUCAAACGGAGACAAGUCGAAAUGGGGAGACACCAUCUAUUUCACCGUGCAAGGGUCGUACUUUUUGCUCGGUGUCUAUACGCUAGUGUCGGUUUUCGUUUCCCUAGUCUGGCUGGCACUGUUGCGAUCAUAUGUGCGAGCUUUGGUCUACUUGAUUGUGAUUGCGGUGCCUGUCAUUCUCUACUCAUCUUCAUUAUACCCAUUCAUCUCGAGCUUCAAGGGCGCAUGGCACGGGGAAGGCCUUCAAGAUAAAGUCAUGCGAUGGGGCUCAUUGGUGCCGUUUGUACUGGCGAGUCUAUGGAUAUACAACGUGCUCCGGGGGCGACAGUCCAUUGGCAAAGCAGUCGGAAUACUGGAAUUCGCCUGCCGGAUCCUCGCUGCGAACCCAGAGCUCUUGGCUCUGGGUCUUGUCAUUCUCGCCUGCGUGGUGUCCUGGACAUGGAUCUGGAUGCUCAUGUUCACUCGGGUAUUUCUGGGUGGACAUCUGUCAGGGUCGAGGUCCUUUAUCAUUGAUCUCAGCAGUUGGUGGCUUGGCGCGUUCUUCGUACUCAUCUAUCUCUGGUCCAUCGGUGUUAUCGCUGGCGUUCAGCGCGCAGUGACAGCAGCCACUGUGAGUCAAUGGUACUUUCACCGUCUUGCAAGCCCGGCACCCACCUCGCGACAAAUCGUCCAAGCAGCUAUCGUGCAUGCUACGACCACUCUGUUUGGAACAAUCAGUCUAUCACGGCUAUUGAGUCUUCUUAUUCGCCUCCCUCUCAUCAUCCUGCCUAGUCGAUUAUCGUCCAUUAUUAGCCUGUUCGCAUACUCCCUUGUGCCCUCGCCCAUUGCAUAUCUCACCAACCCUUUAUCCCUCACAUAUGCCGCUAUCCACUCCGAAGCUCUGGGCGCAUCUGCUCGUGGUCUCAGCCAAAUGACACUUCUCGCUCCCUCUGCCACCGCCUCGACAACAACCUCGUUCCAUCCACGCGCUUACUCGCAUUCCCUGGGACCUUCCCCCUCACUUAUUUCCUACCGUCUCUCCAAACUUAUUCUACAUGCCACCCGUUUCAUGAUGUCUCUUGCCCUUGGUUUUGGCGGAUGGGUGACUACCGCACGAAGCUUGGACACGGCGGGGACCUUUCGGGGUAGCGUAUACGCCUACGUGGUCGGUCUGAUCGCCGCAACCAUCGGAUGGAGUAUCCUGGGUGCGACCGAAAGCGUGAUUGCCGACAUCGUGGACGCAGCUGUCAUAUGCUGGGCCAGUGAGGUGGGGGUAUAUGGCCGAGAGGCUCGGUAUUGUCGCGAGGCGGGAUGGUUGUUCGGGGAUUCGAAUUCAGACUUUCGUCGUGACUACGGCCCCGAGAAUGUCUGA